GACCUUCCUUGUGCGGCCUCGUCCAGUAGCUAAACGAGGACCUUGAUUGUAUAUUACAUUGUUCUUUCAUUUUGAUUAAUCUGACAGAAACCGGACCAUGCCGGGUUCGGUGGAGGUUCCCACUUUCAAUGACUUGAAUGUUGAGGAGAUCAGUGUGUCAUCUGCGGUGCUGAAGGGAGCUGCCCACCACUACGGCUCACAGUGUGACAAGGCCAACAAGGAGUUCAUGCUCUGUCGCUGGGAGGAGAAGGACCCUAGGAAGUGUCUGAACGAAGGGAGGAAAGUCAACGAGUGUGCACUUAACUUCUUCAGGCAGAUAAAGGGGAGCUGUGCUGAGUCCUUCACAGAGUACUGGACCUGCCUGGACUACUCCAACCUGGCGGAGCUGCGGCAGUGCCGCAAGCAACAGCAGGCCUUUGACAGUUGUGUGCAGGACAAGCUGGGCUGGGAGAGACCCAACCUGGGAGAAUUGUCCAAGGUGACAAAGGUGGACACCUCUCGUCCCCUUCCUGAGAAUGCUUACCACUCGCGACCCCGGCCAGAGCCCAACCCUGUGAUCGAGGGCCAGCUGCAGCCAGCCAAGCACGGCAGCAGACUCUUCUUCUGGAGCUGGUAAAGGGUAAUCUUCCCAGCCUCCGCCCCAAUCCUCACCUUAACCAUUAGUGGGGGGGGAUGCAAAACUAGGGGCAACUUCACCCUACACCGGAAGGCAGUACUCCAGAUCCUAUCCCAUCAAGCCUGCUGUCUUGUCCAGUACAGCACACCCACCAUCAUCAGACCUGGUUGGACAGAAAGGGACGUCUGUGUGCACCAGCCAUCGUCACAUCUCCUGUCCCUAUGUUGUAGAAAUGAUCAUGAAUGAACAAAAACUACUUGUGUUUAUUGUUGUGAAAUAAAUACUAAAUAUUGAA